AGCGCGCGGAAGAAAUUUGGCGCGGGUGAGGGAUCGAGAUACGGGAGGGCGGGAAUCGGAGCAGAGAUGCGCGCCAUCCAAUUUCUUCGAUCCCCAAAUAUGACGCUGAAAUCGGCAGAUCGGGUUCCAGUCCAAUACAUCGCUGCUACGCUCCUCCACCUCACUGCAGCCUUGGAUCGUCCACCUCGCCACCAACGUUUCCCCUCCACCUCGCCGCCGACGUUGCUCCUCAACCACUCGCUCCAUCGGCGUUGACUGUAUGGCUGGGAGACGGACAAAGGUGGCAUCGGUGCCUGAGACAUCCUCUGCCGGUACCAACACUUCCGGCUUCCGCUUCACCUCAACUGAUACCCCCGCUGCCACUGGUACCUUCCCUCCCUAUCUUGGAAUACCUCCCUUCUCUGCAUCUAGGAUGAGCGCGGCUACGACCGGCAGCCAUAUUUCCCCAUCUCCUUCAUGGAUGCAGACGGACAAAAGCUCACAUAAAGCUACUACGUCGGAUUUGUCGUCACCACAUGCAAAUAUGCAGAGCUGGGGAAAUGGUACACACCCACCUGGAGGAUUCAUGAGUUUUUUUCACAAUCAGCCAAAUAUAUCUCAACAUUACAAUUUUGUCGGCGCGUCUUCGCACUACACACCAUUACAUGCUAAUGGUUCUUCGCCACCGCUUGCUAAUGGUGCUUCUAUGCCGCUUGCGACACCCACUCCACCCCCACUUACUGGGAACCAGGACCAUGUCAAUGUUGAUAGUGAUGAUGACACUGCGGUCGCUCGGACCAAAUUGAAGCUAAAUUGGACCCAAGAGGAGGAUGUCAGACCAAUGAGCGCUUGGUUGAACAAUUCAAUGGACCUAAUUAAUGGGAAUGAUAAGAAGGCUGAAAAAUAUUGGGGAGAUGUUGCUACAGAAUACAAUAAAACCACACCACAGAAUAGAUGGAGAAGCCCAAAGCAAGCCAAGGAGCGGUGGCACAAACUCAACACUCGGACGGAUCUGUUCCAAGGCUGUUGGUUGAAGGCUAAGCGCACAUAUACUAGUGGUUACUCUGAACUAAAUGUGGAUUGACAUGGCCCAUAAGUUCUAUGAGGCUGAUAAGAAAAAAUUAGGACGGUUCGUCCUAAUAGAUGUAUGGUACGCAUGCUGUGAUCAGCCUAAGUGGAAUGCAUAUAAUGAUGCACUCAAGAGAGAUCGUAAAAGGAAGUCGUCUGAUAACAGAGAGAUGCUUGGGCAAGCAUCAGGACCUUCAGAUGUUGAAGAAACCCCAUGGCCAAUCGGACAAAAGGCUGCUAAAAGGGCUGCACGUGAAAGCAUGGGAAAGUUGAACGAUAUUUCUGAUGCUGAAGAGAUAGACAAGUUAGACCAAGUCCAAUCUGAUAUUCACACAAGAUGCAUGAAGAUGAUGGAAAUGCAAGAAGUUAUCUACUCGUCAGGUUCAAUCAUCAAAGCUUUCUCAACUUGCUGCACGGGAAAAUAGAUUAGUUGCAAAGGAAAAUAAGGAUGCCAAGAUGUUCGAGACCUAUAGUUGUCUACUCGCACAGGACACAACUGGGAUGGCUGAUGACAUUAGAGCCGAGCAUGUCACUGCCAUAAGGUGUUUGAGGAAGAUCUUGUUUCCGGACUUAUCU